UGUCACGGAGUUUUUCCGACUUUGGAGGCUUUGAAGCGAUUUCGACUCACGAGUUAGGCUGUUGAGUCGCGAGAUUGGACUUUGUUCAUUGCUGAGCUGUUUAAGAGAGGGCUAACAUUUGCGACUGUUUCUGCUUCUGGAGGUUCUAUAGAGGACGUAUUGUAAACUCAUCAUGCAAACAACCUCUUCAUCAACAUCUUCUUCUUAUCGUUGGAAAUAUGAUGUCUUUCUAAGCUUUAGAGGUGAAGACACAAGGAAGAACUUCAUAGAUCAUUUGUACUAUGCUUUCAAACAGAAAGGACUGCAUGCUUUUAAGGAUGACAAAGAACUUCCGAGAGGAAAACCGAUUUCACCAGAGCUCCUUCAUGCAAUUGAAGAAUCAAGAUCUGCGGUUGUUGUUCUCUCGAGAAACUAUGCAUCUUCCACAUGGUGUUUAGAUGAACUUGUUCAAAUUGUUCAUUGCAAGAAUAUAAAUUUUUUUCCAGUUUUCUAUAACGUGGAUCCUUCCAUGGUUAGAAAACAAACAGGAGAAUAUGGAAAAGCCUUUGUCAAACAUAAAGAAACUUUUAGAGAGGAUAUUGGAAAGGUGCAAACUUGGAGAGAUGCUUUGACAAAGGUGGCCGAUCACUCUGGAUUUGACUUGAAGGAUGGGUAUGAGUCACAAUUUAUUCAAAAAAUUGUGAAGGAAAUAUCAAGCAAAUUAUGUUUUUCAAAAUACGCAAGUGUCGAGGGCCUAGUAGGCAUAGAUUCACGUUUGGAGAAACUAAUUAAAUUUGUAAGUCUUGAGUCAAAUGAUGUUCGUAUGAUUGGGAUUUGUGGAAUGGGAGGAAUAGGGAAGACAACAAUUGCUAAAGUCGUUUAUAACUCGUUUUUUGAUAAAUUUGAAGGUAGUAGUUUUUUGGAUGGUGUUAGAGAAAAAUCCGAAAAAGAGGGUCUACUUUCUUUGCAAAAGACGCUUCUUUCCCAAAUUCUACAUAUGCAAAAAGAUAACAUCAACGUAUACGAUGACUUUGGUGGAAUUAACAUGAUAAACAGCAGGUUGGAGCGUAAGAAGGUUCUUAUUGUUAUAGAUGAUGUGAACAAUAUAGAGCAAUUAGAAAAAUUAGCUGGCAAGCAUGAUUGGUUUGGCAUGGGUAGUAGGAUCAUAAUAACAUCAAGAGACAAAAGAUUGUUGAAAUCCCAUGGAGUAGAUGAUGUUUAUGAGGCUGAGGAAUUAAAUGAUGAUGAUGCCCUCCAAUUAUUCAUUUCAAAAGCCUUUAAGAAACAUCAACCUUCAGAAAGUUUUAGGGAGCUAUCCGAAUGUGUUGUACAAUAUGCUAGUGGUCUUCCAUUAGCUCUUAAAGUUUUGGGCUCCUUUUUUUGUGGAAGAGAAGUUCAUGUAUGGAAAGAUGCAUUGCAAAGACUAAAAAGAGAUUGUAAGAAAGAAAUACUGGAGGUACUUCAAAUAGGCUUUGAUGGGUUGGAAGAAUCAGAGAAAAAAAUAUUUCUUGAUAUAGCAUGUUUCUUUAAAGGAGAGAAUAGAGAUUAUGUGACAAGAAUUCUUAAAAGUUGUGAUUUUUCUCCAAUUGUUGGAAUAGAUGUUCUAAUUGAGAAAUCGCUCAUAAAUAUUAUAUAUGACGAUACAUUGUGGAUGCACGAUUUGUUACAACAAAUGGGUCAACAAAUUGUCAAGAGAGAGUGCCCCGGAGAGCCUGGAAAACGCAGUAGAUUGUGGAUGGAAGCAGACAUUCAUCAUGUAUUGACAAAGAACACGGUAAGCAAUUCAAAUUUGUUAUAAUCAUGUGCACCUUUUCAAUCAUCAUUUGCUUUAACUAGUUAAAUAUCUAUAUAAGGAGUGAGCUAGUGCAUUGUUAGCACAGUAGCUAGCCUCUCCAGAUUACAC